AAUCAAAACCUGGUAGUAGUGUUUACAUGGAACUAAUGUAAUUGUUAAGAAGCUUGCUGUUCAUAAUUUUAGAGACUUCUUGGUUGAGAAACUGUUUUUGCAGUGAUGUACAAUAACAGUUACACCCGGCCCAAAGUGGCACUGAAGGCUCAGGACAUUCGCAGAUCGAAGGGAAAAGGCUGUGGGUAUUAUCUCCGCAUCAUCUUCUUCUUCUCUUCACUGAUACAGUCUUUGAUCAUCGUGAGCCUGGUGCUCUUCUUAGUGUACGGUCAGCCAGAGAAGAGCGCUGAUGAGAAGAGAGUGGAUGAGCUGCAGCAGAGUACCAACAAGCUCUCGUCAGACAACGCCAAGCUAAGGAAGGAUAAAGCCGACCUCACUGCCCAGCUUAAGACCAAGACGACGGAGAAGGAUGCAGAGGUUAAAAAAGUGGUGAAACUUACAGCAGAGUUGGAUGCUGCCAAAGCAAACAACACAAAGCUUUUCCAAAUGAUAGCUAGUUGUCAAGCAUCUAAGACACCUCUAGUUCGGAGUGUAGUCCCAUGUUCACAGAGCGGUGGUACAAGUGAGCACAUGAGAACCUUACAGACUCUCUUGGAACAGCAGAGGUCUCUGUAUACAAUCCUCCAAACUAACUUCAGUCAAACGGUUCAAAACCUCAAGUUCGACUUGGACAGUGCACUAAAAGAUAAAAGUAAGCAUGACAUGGCCAUGCUGAAACUGAAAAAUGAGAAAGAAGAUCUGACUUCUGAGCUUGAGCUUUACAAAAAGAAGUGCAAGGAGGACUUUGUGAAGUCGCUGCAGGGCAUCCAGGAUGUCACGACUGCUUUCCUAACCAAGAUUGACAACCUCUUCCCUGACACCUUUACCUUCCACCUUACUUGUUCAAAGCAACAGGAACAAAUGCAGAAGAUCCACGCAAAUUGCACAAACCUUUCCCGGCAAGUAGAAGACAAGUUCCAGAACUACUUGAACUCAGUUGGCGAUAAAGUUUCAACCCUUCAAGCGCAGAGCAGCCGAAUUGAAGUUGAAAACAAUAGGCUAACUUCUGAAAAUAAGAAGUGCAUCCAGGAUCGUGCUCAAGAAGCUGAGCAGUGCACAAAGCUUCUUCAGGAGGCUCAGCAAGUGCAGGACAGACUGGUGGAGCCACUACUGCAAACCCAGAAACAACUAUUGCAGGAAAAGCAAAUGCUGCAAUCUUCAUGUGUCCCAAGGCCCCCAAUGCCAAAACCGAACGGAAUGGAUAUGAUGUUACCUGGAUAUGCAGGUCCAUACAAAACAGGGAGCAGUCAACCAAAGGCCAGUUAAAGAGUGAGGAGCGAGAGGCACACGGUUUGUCUCCAGUCCAGCCUUAGAGGAACAGCUCAAAAUUUGUGCUUUUGAGGUUCUAACUUUCAUGAGUUUAAGGUGAAGUGUAAAAGUAUUUAAAGCAUAGGCAUUAAUAAUACCGUGCCAGUAUUAAUUAGUUGUAUAUACUAGGAUGUACAUGAACAUUGUCAGCAAACAACUGUAUGCUAAACAUGAUGGUAACUAUUUUGUGUGGGAAAAAAAUCAAAUUAAUAAUAAUGUAAAAAAAAAAGUCUGUCAGGGAAGUGUGAAAAUAGCCAUGGCUACUUUGUAAAUCAGGCCGAAUAAACUUCACUGUGAACUUUAUAAAUGAAUGUUAAUUAAUAGCAAUUUUUUUCUCAGUUAAGUUAUAAUAUUGUUAACAAUGCAAGAAUACUUUAUAGCCUUACAUGUCCUGCAAAGGCUAAGGGGUAAAAACAAUCUGAACAAGAGCCAAUAAUACAUGAUGAACUGUACAUAAUUUCUUGAUAUUAAAAUAUUUAAUGUGUGUUUUGUUUAUUUGUUUAAAGCAUAUAUAUAUAUAUAUGUAUACAGUAUACACUGUAUGUUCAUCUUCAGUCCUUCUUGUUUAUUUUCUAAACAAUGUGCUUUGUAAAUACUAUUAAAUACAGUUGAUAAAAUUAUCACAAUUAUUUUAUGACAGAAUCAUUUUAAAUAAUCACUUUGUUUAAUUUUGGUUUGUCAAUGAGCAGUAAGUAGAUAAAAUAUUAUAGAAUUGUCUCUGUUCUUGUUUUACUUUCCAUAUAAUCACUUCAGUUCAUUGCACGACUGAAAAAAGAGGAUUUUUAUUUGAUCUAAAACAAUUUUUAUUUUACAACCAGAAAUCACAAUACAGUGCAUGGUUGCAACCGUGUCUCAUGUCUCACCAGAAAAUACAAUCAUACACGUCCAAAAUUCUAUAAGGCAAUUAUAUGAGAAUACAGAAAGUGAUUAUUUCCCUUUAUGCUGUGUUUCAGUGUAAACAUUUUAGAACAGCUUUUUUUUUAAACUUGAAUGAUUUAAAAACUGUAAGCACUAGCUUUACUGCUAAAUGAUAUUCACAACCCACUUACAUAUAUUUAGUUCAUUGUCCUUUUAGAGCGUUUACAGUUUGGAGUUUCUCUCUCUAAGCCUCUAUGAGCUUUGCACAUUUUGAUGAUCUCAUUUUCUUCCAUUUCCCAAUCUCAAAAAGUUGGGACACUGUACAAAAUGUGAAUAAAAACAGAAUGCAAUAAUG